AAAAUUAUUUGCUCUACAAGUGGGUUUGGUUUUGCAGGAGAAGAGGAUGAAAGUCAAGCUCUUACGUGGCAUGCUGUUGCUUCUUGGACGUGGGAUGCCCAGGAUGAAACUUGUGGGAUCUGCAGGAUGGCCUUUGAUGGUUGCUGUCCAGAUUGCAAGCUCCCUGGGGAUGAUUGCCCACUAAUUUGGGGCGCAUGCAACCAUGCAUUCCAUCUUCACUGCAUCUUAAAAUGGGUGAAUUCACAGACAUCUCAAGCACAUUGCCCCAUGUGCCGUAGAGAAUGGCGAUUCAAAGAAUGAGAAAAAAAAGGGAAUGAGUUCCAUGAUGAAUUGAAUGAAUCCUGGCUGUGUAUGUUAGUGCAAUAAAUGCAUUCUUGUUGCGACCUUGUGUUUAUGCAAGUAUGGACGGGCUAGGCACAAAUGCAUUAAUGCCGACAUAUUGGGUGAUGGAAGGUGAGGAAACACUUUAUCAUAACGUUUUGUAGUUUAUCCAUGAUGAGAAAUGAUAAAUUAUAUAUGCUUCUA